CAAAAUUUCUAUUUUGGGAGUCUCUCUGGUACAAAGUUUUUCAAAGCUCUCUGCAAAUAUAUCCGUUUAUUGCCAAUUCCCUUUUAAAGCUUCUCUCUGCAAAUGACGUACCAAACAAUUUGCUUUAUGACUUUGACUAACUGAAUAGAGAUGGUACAACACACACUCACACAAAACCCACUCUCACACUCAAAGACUCUCACACACACUUACUACAUUUUUGAAGAUUCUAUAUAACGCCACAACUUUUUCAUUUGUAGAAUCCAGACACAAGCAAAGACAAAAAAAAAAAGAAGAUGGAAUUAGAAAAUGGGUUUCCUCCAUAUCCAGAUUUCCUCAAGAUCUUUAACUCCCAUGAACAUGCUCAACGUUUGGUAAUCCCAAGAGGUUACAACAAGUACUAUCCAAACCCUCUUCCUCAGACAGCUGUUCUCAAGAAGCCGGAAGGAAGCUUCUGGAAUGUCAAAUGGACAAUAAGCCAAGAGGAGACUAUUCGCUUCCAAGAAGGUUGGGAAAAGUUUGUCAAAGACAAUGGUCUUAUUGACAGAGACUUUCUCUUAUUCACUUAUGAUGGUUGUCGGAGCUUUUGGGUACGAAUCCACCGGAAUGGCCUCCCCUUGGAGCCAACCGCUCCUAUCAAAAUACAAGAAAUAUCAGAUGAUGAAGAUGAUACAAUUGGUCAUGGUGAUCAUCAUAUGGAAGAAGGAGAUAGCCAUGAGAACAUGAUCGUUUCUCUCUCUCUCGGAAGCAGCGAUGAAGCUGAUGACGAUGAUGAUUAUGAUACAACGAUUUGUGAAGUUAACAAAGCUAGUGAAAGUUCCAAGAAAGCAGGAAGGCUUGCAAGAAAGCAUCGUGCUGAUUCUAUUGCUGCUUCUAUUGAUCCGGAAACUUAUCUUGAUGAUCCCAAAAACCCGUUCUUUAUUUCAACUUCAUCGUGUUCGAGGCGUGUAUUGGUAAUUGCUAGGCAAGUAAUAAAAGACUAUGACUUAAACUUUGACGGCACUAUCAAACUCAUCGAUGGAUUCGGGGAAUUAACGAGAAAGGUUGGGAAAUGGAAAGAUCGUGUUGUGGUAUACAAGUGGGACGAAAUGUUUACGAGAAACAAAGCAAAUCAAGGAGACGCAAUCAUAUGUGAGGUUAUACGCGAAGAAGAUGUUGUUCGCUCCAUCAAAGUGCACUUCGUGAAGAAUUAAAGUUUAUUUAUCGUAUGUCCUUUAAGUUUAUGGAUGAUGAAACCUUUGUCUCUAGGCUCUUAAGGAAACAUUUGUAGUAUUUUUUCUCUAGGGUGUAUGUUUAGGUUUUGAAGUUGUGAACUUAUGAUCUUUUAAUUUAAGGUUCUAUUGCAUUUUUAGUAGAAAUGAAUGGAUAUGUUAGGAAACUAACUUGCUAGUUUAAGGAUUUGCUUUCGAAAUAGACCAAGUUACUAAAAUAA